CAGUAUUAACUUGUCUUCUCAAAAUUCUUAACUUUGCACAUCAAGUACUUCACCAUGUCUUCUCAAAAACUCUUCGCCCUUUUGCUUUCUUUAGCAACCGUCCAAAUGGCAUUCUCCGGGGAUUCAGAUAUCCUCACUGACUUCCAUCUUCCACCAAAAGUAACCCAAGUCGAUAGCAACUUUUUCGCAUUCACCCGCAUGCGGGCUCUUGUCGGUGCGCCACCGCCAACGAAUUUUACGGUCACCACAGCAAGCUUGCCCGAAUUCCCUGCGCUCAAUGGACAAAGUGUUUCAUAUGCUGUCCUUCAAUUCCCUGCCGGCACUUCUAGCCCUCUUCACGAACACCCUCGCUCUGGUGAGCUCCUUUUCCUUGUGAAAGGCCACCUUACUGUUGGUUUCGUUGACACAACCGACAAGCUUUUCGUUCAGAAGCUGCAAAAGGGUGACAUAUUUCUAUUCCCCAAGGGACUUGUUCACUUCCAGUACAACAGUGGAAAGACAUUUGCUACAGCGAUUUCUGCCUUCGGGCGUGUAAAUCCAGGCACUGAAUCUCUUCCCAACACCCUGUUCACCACAGGCAUUGAUGACACAAUCUUGGCCAAGUCUUUCAAGACUGAUAUUGCUACGAUUAAACGUCUCAAGGCAGGGCUUGCACCCAAGUCCUGAGGAUAAAAUUUAGUCCCUUUAAAGUGUGGAAUUAGUUUUCUUUAAUAAUAUGUGUUCUUGGAUUGCGCAAUGAAAAAUCUUUCGAAGAGGAAGUAUUUCCUUCCUUUUCUGAAGAUUGCUCCUUUUCCUACAAAUUGUAAUGUUGUUUCUGUUCUUCUUUGGCUAAAUAUGUGCAAU